ACUAAAUGAGUCUGAUUUAACAGACCAGCUACAUAAAUCAGUAUUUAUUUAACAUGUAAAAUAUCAGAUAUAUAUUUGGACUCCUAUCUGAAAGCUCUAUAAAUAAAUUAGAGCUUCAGAGUUUACCGUUAUGGCGACACUGAGGGAACUUCGUGUCUCAUCUCUGUUAAAUCAGCCCCUUCAGUGCCUGACGCCGCCACACAGCCCUCUAUCUGCAGAACCGAUUCAGACUGAAGCGGCUCGGUUCCAGGCUAUCAGUGUAAUUCGUCACACAUCUGAUCCGCUACCUCAUCCUUCUUCAGAGACGUUCAGCCCCAAACCCUACCCCACGAGCACUGUCUGGAACUCCUGUAGUGGCGCAAACGACAGGGAUUCUGACACAAAACAACAACUGAACUCCAGUUGCUUCAGUGCAGCCUCCAAAAUCCCUCCUGGCUUUGUCAGGAUGCUCCCGGCUUGUCCCACCACUGGAACAUCUGUAACCAUGCUCCAGAUGCUUCCAUGUAUAGUGAUCAGCAUGUCCACCGUUAACUCCCCAAUUUUCAUGGCCUCUCAUGUUCCCACCAUGGUAUUGGUGCUUCCAAAGUCACAUACACAGCCUCUGGUGGUCACGACUGCAGGUUCAAAAGUCACAGCCAUCAACCCCGUAGUGACAAACCCACCACGACUACGUUGCCACAUCUGCACCCAUGCAGACUGCGGCAAAACGUACCUGAAAAGCUCCCACCUGAAAGCACACCUGCGCACGCACACAGGUGAGAAGCCAUUUAGAUGUCAGUGGGAGGGCUGCGAAUGGCGAUUCUCCCGCUCAGAUGAACUCUCCCGCCACCGACGCAUUCACACAGGGGAGAAACGCUUCACCUGUCCCAUAUGCCACCUUCGUUUUACUCGCAGUGACCACCUGGCCAAACACAAGCGGCGCCAUUAUAUAGCCAAGAGAGCUCCAGGCUGGCAGGCACAACUGAGACGGAUUGGUGGCUUGACCGCAGGAGCUCGAGCUCUCCUGCCCAUCACAAUCAAGCCACGGGUCUGAAGGAAUGAGUCGAAGAAAGAGCGAGCACUGGUUGUCGCAAAAGGUUCUUCUCUUGGUGUUCAAUAAUUCAUUUUAUGUCCCUCAUCAAAAAAAAAAAAGUUCCUAUGCAGGGAUUGGCCAAGGAUGGCUCAUGUGACAAAAUGGUUCCACCAUUGAUUAAAGGUAGACCGCCUUUCAGAUUUUUCAAGUGUAGGUCAUAAAUUUUCCCCGACACCAAAUUAUUUUUGUUUGGUGGACCGAAAGCUACUGAAUUCGAAUCACAGACUUGCAAUUUUAUUAGUUUUUCCUUUUUCAAAAUAGAACAAUUAAUGAAUUUAAAGCCACGUGUCCCUAAAUUCUCCGCUAUUUUUUCCUGCUUCACCAUGAUCCAAUACAAGAUACUAACUAUGUCACGAAUCACGUGGUGGGCUUUCCCUGUUUGCGCAAGGCAUUGUGGGAUACAAAUUUGAAACAGGAGAGAAAAACGGAGGAUGUGAGCGUGUGAAUGAAAUGUGAAAGCCCGACUACAGUAACGGAAAACAAGACGUUAUGCUACAUGUGAAGGAAAGGAACCACAGGACCAAACUAAAAUAUCGGCGCUCAGCGAGCACCUCGGUGUGAUCAGCUGUUCGUUUAGCAACAGAAUGAUGGAACUGUCAGUCCACCGUCAAAGGUAAACCUGUAGAUGGUAGUAAUGCAACACUGUGGAUGCCAGCUGCCAUAAAACCCCAAAGAAGAAAAAGGUGGUAAACCUGCGCAUGCGCAGACAGACUUCCUCUGUCUGCUCGACUGCGCAAAGCGAGCGAUUUCAUGCACAUUUGCAAGGAACCCCCUCAAAUUAUUUAAUUUCCCAGCCACAGAAUGUUUUUUGAGAUAUUACAGAAUUAAAACAAUCACAUUGACCAUUUCAGAGGGAACUAAAUUUCACAGAUUUUAUGAAAAAUCAAAAGGCCAUAUAGCUUUAAGCAAUGUAUCUCAUGAUACCAAAAAUAAUAAAAUAAAAGGAUAUGGUACGAGUCAGUCAGUCAUGACGUAUUGUGGAUACAUCAUGAACUGAUGUCACAAUUUUGAACUACAGUGGUAUGCAAUAAAGUUUGGGCACCCCUGGUCAAAAUUGCUGUUACUGUGAACAGUUGAGCAAGUUGAAGAUGAAAUGAUCUCCAAAAAGCAUAAAGUUAAAGACGACUCAUUCCCUUUAUAUUUUAAGCAAAAACAAUUUAUUUUCAUCUUUUACAUUUCCAAAAUGACAAAAGGAAAAGGGCCCGAAGCAAAAGUUUGGGCACCCUGCAUGGUUAGUACCCAGUAACACCCCCUUUGGCAAGUAUCACAGUUUGUAAACACUUUUUGUAGCCAGAUAAUAAUCUUUCAGUUCUUAUCUGGGGGAUUUUCACACAUUCGUCCUUGCAAAAGGCUUCCAGUUCUACAAGUUUCUUGGGCUGUCUUGCAUGCACUGCUCUUUUGAGAUCUAUCCACAGAUUUUCAAUGAUGUUUAGGUCAGGGGACUGUGAGGGCCAGGGCAAAACCUUCAGCUUGGGCCUCUUGAGGUAUUCCAUUGUAGAUUUUGAGGUGUGUUUUGGAUCAUCAUCUUAUUGUAGGACCCAUCCUCUUUUUAACUUCAACUUUUUUACAGAUAGUGUGAUGUUUGCUUCCAGAAUUUGCUGGUAUUUAUUCGAAUCCAUGCUUCCCUCGACCAGUGAAAUGUGCCCUGCGCCACUGGCUGCAACACAACCCCAAAGCAUGAUCGAUCCACACCCAUGCUUCAGAGUUGGGCAGGUGUUCUUUUCCUGGAAUUUGGCACCCUUUUUUCUCCAAACAUACCUUUGCACAUUGUGGCCAAAAAGUUCUAUUUUGAUUUCAUCAGUCCACAGGACUUGUUUCCAAAAUGCAUCAGGCUUAUUUAGAUGUUAAUUUGCAAACUUCAGACGCUGAAUUUUGUGGCUCGGACGCAGGAAAGGUUUUCUUCUGAUGACUCUCUCAUGAAGGUCAUAUUUGUUCAGGUGUCGCUGCAUAGUAGAACAGUGCACCACCACUCCAGGGUCUGCUAAAUCUUUCUGAAGGUCUUUUGCAGUCAAACAGGGGUUUUUAUUUGCCUUUCUAGCAAUCCAACGCACGGUUCUUUCAGAAAGUUUUCAUCUUCCAGACCUCACCUUGAUCUCCACCGUUUCUGUUAACUGCCAUUUCUUAAUAACAUUAUGAUCUGAGGAAACAGCUACCUGAAAACACUUUGCUACGUUCUUGUAGCUUCUCCUGCUUUGUGAGCAUCAAUUAUUUUAUUAUUCAGAAUGCGAGAGAGUUGCUUAGAGGAGCCCAUGGCUGUUGAUUUUAGGGACAAGUUUGAGGAGUCAGAAAUUAUACAGCUUUGAAAUCUGCAUCAUCUGACCUUUCCUAACCAAGAAUUUGAACAAGCCACAGCUCAAUAAGCUAAAUAAGGUCUGGAACCUUGGUAAAAGUUACCUGAGAACUCAAAUGUAUUAGGGUGCCCAAACUUUCACAUGGUGUUCCUUUUCUUUUUUCACUCUUCAAUUGUACAAAAAAAAACAAAAAACAUCUUGCAUAAAAACGCUGAAAAGAAAUGACUCGUCUUUACCUUUAUGCCUUUUGGUGAUCAGUUCAUCUUCUGUUCACUUAACUAUUCACAGUAACAUAUUUUCAGUAAGGGUGCCCAAACUUUUGCAUGCCACUGUAUACAGUUGACUCGAGUGUGUGUGUGGAUCUAUGGAUCAUGGUCAGGUGUGGCGAGGCAGGCGGUAGCAUGGUAUAUUGCACACGUGCAGGUCAAAGGCCGCUCCAACAAACAUACGUGGCUGCCGCCAGAUUUAUUUCCAAUUCUUUGUAGUAAAACACUGUUUGAAAUUUUUUUUAAUGAGAGAUACAAGUGUAAUAUACCAUGCACGGAGAUGCACCGGUAAUUAUAGAUUCUCUGCAGUGACUGGCAUAGUGCUAUAAUGGUGUUCUGCCAGUCACCUCAAAGAAUCCAUCAUUUCAACCGAAGCCUCUGUGCAUGGUAUAUUAGAUUAUCAUAUAGUAUAUUACUCAGAAUCAGUCGUGUGCUGAUAAUCUUCCGAGCUCUACAUGCAAGGAAGGUGAAUUUUUGCUCAGCGUUUAUCAGCCCGUAACCAGAUUCUCUCUCACUCACGUGUCUUAGACUGUUCGAAUUUUUGAACCGCAUUCCUAGCUGUAAUUAGACUUUUAGUGUAAGGAAAUGAAACAUACACGCAAGCACGCUCAUUUACUGACAGUGUAUUGCCAAACAGACCAACAUGUUACAUCUUCCCGCUGAGGAAUCAAAUACAUCUUUCAUUCAGAAUGACAUUUUGUUGAAGUAAACUGGGAAGCUUGUCCAUCUGCAUGUGUCCCGACGUUACCAAGCAAACCAAACAGCACUUACAGAAACCAUACAGCACUUUCUUUAACACACCAAACAGCACAUAUAUAGUCAUCUACAUCCAAUCCAGAGCUUCCAGGCACGUGUCGAUGAUAAAAAUAGGAAAAGGUCUCGACAUGUAACACGCAUAAACUCGUCAUCUUGGACAAAGCAAUUCUCCUUAGCAUAGGACCCGUUCGACGUCGGUUCUUUUUGGACAAACGCUGAAGCCAUAUUACACGUCCGGCACAGUGUGAAGUUGUGUUUGAAAUGCUGUACAAUGAGAACAUGUUAAUUAGCACAAGAUCAUGAAAAUACUGUAAACUGCAAGAAGGGCCUGAAGUGAAAAGAUGACAACUUUCUCUAGGUCCAAGCAACACUUACCGGAUAGCUUGAACAUAAAAAAAAAGUGAACACUGGAGAUGGUGUACAUAUCGCACAAGUAAUAAAUAAACAAAAAACACUGAUUCUGUCCAGCAGAAACAGCAACAGUGAAUUAUCUCUCCUCGGAAAACCAUUUCCAUUCCUCUUGGUUCAAUGACCCCGUUGUAGGCUACAGAAGGGCAUUACAGUUCUCAAAGCUAGCUGUAAAUCGGUUCACUUAAAACACACACAACUGGACAGUGAAUAAAGCUACAAAUUUAAUUUAUUCCAGUUCCCCAGAAUAAAACGGUGUCAAUUUUGCAGUUUAAAGCAGCCAAAACAGACACCAAGCCCGUUUCCAUUUUUUUUUUCGCUCAUUACAUCGGAGAUCUAACCUUUACACGAAAAUAGCUGACUGAUUUUAAUUAAUUCAAUUUAAAAAUCGGCACAUGCCUGGAAGCUUCACAGAGAAAAACAGGACGAUAACGGGGAAUUCAUCAGCUUCGCCACUCUGCUAAAAUGAAGCCAUGCAAAUUUUAUUCAAUAUUGCAGUUCGAUUACGAUGAAAACUUUGCAGCGAGUCAUUUUCACAGUUUCAUAGCUCUCCUAACACUUCAUGGAUAGGAAGUGAGAAAAUUUCCGUUAGCCAUCGGUGUUCCGAUACUGCUUUUGAUGCACGCUUCUCCGACAACUGCAGCAUGAAGAGAGUGUAGAGCGAUGAUCUUGUCAAAGUCCAUGCGAAUUUGCAAUUCCUCCAAGAUGUUGGCUGAGCAAUCAGGAAACGAACGUGGCGGUAUUUAUCAUAUAGACACGAGUGUUUCACUGGGAAAUACGCCACUCGUGUUUUUCAUAUGAACCAACACCCCAGACACCGAGCAACAUUUUCCAAUAUUUUCACUAGUGAGGAUACUGAUGAAUUGUUUUGAUAAAUUUGGGUACUUUGUUCGUCAGCGUGUCUAUAUAAUAAAAAUUAAAAUCACACGUUGGCUUGAAGACAUGAAAUUUAUCUUCGUGUUGAAAAACUUUUUUUUUUGGCUCCAAGUGACAUAUUUUCCAACAUCGUCACUCAGGAUAUCGAUGACAUCACUUGCAACGUUUUCCUGCUGACUUAAAGUGGCAAACUGGUUCAAAAAUUUAUUCUUGAUCAACUUUUUGUGGAUGCGUCCAUAAUA